AUGCGGGAUUAUCCGCAAAAGAAAGCUCUGAAUGCUAUGAACCAAGAGAAGGAAGAUGAGGUCGACAGGGAAGCAAGAAUGGGGGCCAUUCACCGCUUCAAUGCCAUACAGGCCAAAGUCGCUCAACCACAGGUUCAAGCUAAAGGAGUGAUGUUCGUCGACGCCAUGGUGAAUGACAAGACAACCCGUUGCCUGGUGGAUACAAGUGCCUCGCACAACUUUAUAUCUGUGCAGGAAGCAAAGAGACUUGAGUGUCGAGUCUCGAAGGAAGCAGGCAGCAUGAAGACGGUGAAUUCAACUGCCAAACCAAUCAUGGGGUAG